CUCACCUUCAAUAAAAAACGGAGAGUUAGCAUAACUCAUUUGAGUUCGACUCAAUUAAGAAGUCUUUUCCCAACUUUAAACAUUUCGCUUAAUUACCUUCCGAUAAGUAAUCUUAUAAACCU